AUGGACGACGACGGACGCUACAGAGACAACCGCUCAGACUUCAUCCGCGGCGCCAAGGACAUCGCCAAAGUGGCCAAAAAGCAGGUAGGCAAGAAGGUGGGGCGCGGCAUGGACAAAAUGACCGAUGAGUACACCAAGCGCUCCUAUAAGCGUUUCGAGGAGGAAGACGAUGAAGACUACGCUGGUGUGCCAAGCAACGACGAUGGAUAUUACCGCAACGACAGCCGGGCCAAUGACGAUGAAGGCCACAGCGACUCCACUGAAGGACACGAUGAGGACGAUGAGAUCUAUGAAGGCGAGUACCAGGGCAUCCCGAGGGCCGACUCAGGCAAGGCUGGCAGCAUGGACGGCGUGACGGCCGCCCAGGCGCAGCAGUUCAGGGAUCUGUCAGCUUACGAGGGCGAGAGGAGGAAAGACCAGGAGGAACUGGCCCAGCAGUACGAGACCAUCCUGCAGGAGUGUGGCCACGGGAAGUUCCAGUGGACACUCUACUUUGUCCUGGGGCUGGCGCUGAUGGCAGAUGGCGUGGAGAUCUUUGUGGUCGGCUUCGUGCUGCCCAGUGCGGAGAAGGACAUGUGUCUAUCCGAACCCAACAAGGGCAUGCUGGGUCUGAUUGUUUACCUGGGGAUGAUGGUCGGGGCGUUUGUAUGGGGCGGCCUGGCUGAUCGGAUUGGCCGACGGCAGACCCUCCUCAUCUCCCUCUCCAUCAACAGCGUGUUCGCCUUCUUCUCGUCCUUCGUCCAGGGAUACAGCUCUUUCCUCUUCUGCCGCCUGCUCUCUGGCGUGGGCAUUGGUGGCUCCAUCCCCAUUGUGUUUUCCUAUUACUCUGAGUUCCUGGCCCAGGAGAAGCGAGGAGAGCAUCUGAGCUGGCUCUGCAUGUUCUGGAUGAUCGGUGGUAUCUACGCCUCCGCCAUGGCCUGGGCCAUCAUCCCACAUUAUGGCUGGAGCUUCCAGAUGGGCUCGGCCUACCAGUUCCACAGCUGGCGCGUCUUUGUGCUGGUGUGUGCCUUCCCCUCUGUGGCGGCCAUCUCUGCCCUCACCACCAUGCCUGAGAGCCCCCGCUUCUACCUGGAGAAUGGGAAACACGAUGAGGCAUGGAUGAUUCUGAAGCAGGUCCACGACACCAACAUGAGGGCCAAAGGUUACCCAGAGAGGGUUUUCUCCGUGACCACCAUCAAAACAGUGAAGCAGUUGGAUGAACUGAUGAACAUGGGCGAUAACACCGCCUGGCAUGAGAAAUGGAGGCUAAAGCUCUCUGCGCUUUUCCAUCAGGUGUGGCAUAAUUUCCAGGCUGUUUUCUCUCCUGAGUACCGCCGCACCACCUACAUGAUGAUGGCUGUGUGGUUCUCUAUGUCCUUCAGCUACUACGGUCUGACAGUGUGGUUCCCCGAUAUGAUCAAGUACCUGCAGAAGCAGGAGUACUCUUCCCGCACCAAGGUUUUCGUCAAGGAGAAAGUAGAACAUGUCACCUUUAACUUCACCCUGGAAAACCAGGUCCACCGCCAGGGAGAGUACUUCAAUGACAAGUUUAUGAACCUGAGAAUGAGGUCUAUGGUGUUUGAGGACUCGCUGUUUGAGGAGUGUUACUUUGAGGACAUCACCUCCAGCAACACCUUCUUCAAGAACUGCACCUUCAUUGCCACCCUCUUCUACAACACAGAUCUCUUCAAGUAUAGGUUGGUCAACUGCAGGCUCAUCAACAGCACUUUCCUGCACAACAAAGAGGGCUGCCUGCUUAGUGACGUCAGUGAUGACAACAAUGCCUACAUGGUCUACUUUGUCAGUUUCCUGGGCACCUUGGCUGUGUUGCCAGGCAACAUUGUCUCCGCGCUGCUCAUGGACAAGAUCGGACGGUUGAGGAUGCUAGCGGGUUCCAGUGUGAUAUCUUGCAUCAGCUGUUUCUUCCUGUCCUUUGGCAACAGCGAGUCAGCCAUGAUUGCUCUGCUCUGCCUGUUCGGGGGAAUCAGCAUCGCCUCCUGGAACGCCCUGGAUGUGCUGACUGUCGAGCUCUACCCCUCUGACAAGAGAACCACAGCGUUUGGCUUCCUCAACGCCCUCUGUAAACUAGCGGCUGUGUUGGGCAUAAGCAUCUUCACCUCGUUCGUUGGUAUAACCAAGGCUGUGCCCAUACUCUUUGCCUCGGGGGCGCUGGCGGCGGGCAGUUUUCUGGCCCUCAAACUACCAGAGACGCGGGGCCAGGUGCUGCAAUAGUGUGGCACCAACAACUUUCCGGGGGGCAGAAGAGUUUUCGCCACACUGUGAUCGAACAGCUCAAGAGCCCUCCAGAUCCUACCCUCUAACCCCUCCCCCCAAGUAAAGUUUGUGCACAUAACACAAGCGACACAGAUGUACUGAGCUGUAAAUACUUGAGAUUGGUGAUUAUUUGAUAGGUACCCCUCCAUGCUAUAUAUAUAUAUAUAUAUAUAUAUACAUACAUAAGUGGAGCUGUGACAAAACAUUAUAAUGCCUGAAUAAGCUUUGAGCUGAUUGAGACAGAUUAUUCAUGAUUGCUCAGAAUUGGUGCCAAUGAUAACAUGAGGAAAACAUAAUGUUAAGUUAUUCAGCAGGAGCGUGUCAUUUUGUAUCCCUGGAAUACAACAGUACAUUUAGAUUUGCCCCCCCCCCCAAUACAAGUACAUGCACCUGGGGUUGGAGGUCAGGUCAUGGGGGCUCUUGAUAAUGAGCCAUGCAAAUAGACUCAUAGAAAUGACCACUAGCCAUUGUUGCAGAGUUCUCUGUAGUCACCUCCAUUCUUCUGAGCAAAUUCAACUCACCUUUCAAGUCUUAAAUACGUUGCCAUUGUUGGACGUAGAAUCAAGAAUUUGACAUUUUAUGCCUUGAUUUGAAGCAUUUUUGACUUUGCGGGGUAAAACCAAGACACGACCUCUCUUGGCUUUCUCUUUAACAAAGACCUGUCCUCAUUCUUUGUCUCCCAAAGGUCUUGUGUUAGUGUACAGACUGCCAUUUUAUAGAUUAUAGAACAUUCCAGGUUUGUUUUUGUUGUUGUUAGACUGCGAUAAGGAGAUAAAUCAAGUUUUUUCCCUUUAAGACAUAGUUUUUUGAUCACCUCCGAACAUGUCACGGGUCAUCAUUCAAAUAUAAUUCACUGUCAUGAUUGCCAUUUUAUCACAAAGACGAAGCUAAUUCGUUGAAAUUUACAUUUGAAGCACAACCAUUAGCCAAUGUGAAUGUCCCGAACAUUUUCUUGACUUGAUGAAAAUGUUCAGAAUCUCACUCUCAAUCAUCAUUUUUCAAUCAUACUGUAUAUCCCUUUGUAAGAAAUGCCUUUUUAGUAUCUCUCCUCCCAGACUUACAGUAUGCUUGUCUCUUAUAAAACAUGUUUUGGAGGGUGUUAUGCAUGUCACAAAGUAUGUAUGUAACUUUAUGAAAAUUGAGAGUAUACAACAUGUAGCCUAAACAGCAUUUUUGGACAUGUUACAUCUGCUCAUUGAUUGGUCUGGCUUACCUUGCCAUAAUAUUUUGAUCUCUCUGACCCAUAAAAGACAGUGCUAGCAACUGCUGUUGCUAACAGUGAUGAGUCUUACCCCACUCUCCUUAGAGCACACUGCACAACUUAAAUGAAAAUAUUCCUUUUAUUCACUUAAACCAUACUAUUACAUGUGAAA